AAUGAGAAUAAUAUCUAUGAGAAAACAUUACCCAUUACGUUUUCUCCUCCCCAGCCGGACUCUACUGCUUCAACGUCACCAUCAACGAAACGGCGCUGAGAGAGGCCCAUCGGGGUUGCCACGACGACGUGGGCCAGAACGACACGCUUUCCCACCGAGAGAAUGUGAGCCUCCUUUGCCGAUUCCGAGUAAGUGA